AUGGCUGCUACAUUCCGCACGCGGCCAUGGCUGCUUUCUUCGUCACGACCAGUGGCCCUCCCGAUGUAUCUGUCCGGGCCGCGAAUCCACCAAGCGAACAUGGAGCAGACCCGGAGCAGAAGCUUCAAGCCUGAUUCAGGAUACAAGCAAAGCAUGGGCAAUGCAAGGAGACAACGGAGUCAACAGCAAGCGACGUCAAGUAUAAUAAAACAGAUGCAUGGGGCGGACAAGCUCCAGGACGCUGGAUCGAUUUCUAUGCUGGCUCCCAGAACAAUUGUGCCCCUUCCCCUCGUCAAACAACCUCGCGCGCCCAAGGAAUUCAUGCGGUAUCACUGGGAGAUCACGAAACAGCGCUUCGUGGACCGGCUGCAGCGGCUCAUGAACUCGUGGGCGACCAAGCCCAAGUGGAACAAGAAGGCGCGCCUCCGCUCCACCAACAGCGAGAUCAUCGCCGCGGCGCGCAACCUGCAUGCGUCAAUGUCGUACUGCCUGGCCAAGGGCGGCCCUGCGGAGAAGGCGCAGCUGGCGCAGAUUUGCGUGCCGAAGCUGUACCGGUCGCUGCUCAGCGCCAUUGAGAACAGGCCGGCUGGCAAGAGUUACACGUGGGAGCGCAUCGCUGAGACGGACAAACUGUGGUGGCCCAAGGUUGUCGACAACAAGUGGACCGAGACGGACGUCGGCUUCAAGCUGUCGUUCCGCCAGGCCGUGGUCGGCAUCAAGAGCAAGCAGCGCCUGACGGAGCUCAACGCCCGGGGCCAGAAGGUCUCGGAGAAGGAUAUGGAGCUGCUGGAGUACAUUGUGUUGUGGCGGCAGGUGGACCCUGUGAACAUGACGCAGACUGACUGGCAGAUCUAUGGCACGUUGAAGGAGACGACGUUCGAGGACAUGAUGGAAGAGGUGGAAGAGAUGAACGAGGCUCAAAGGCAUAUGGCCCAAAAGAAGCUGGACACUGAGCGGAGGGCGCUUGGGGCUCGAAAAUAG